AUGCAAGCUAACACUUCGCAGACGUCUUCGCCCAGCGGCGCUGCCAGAAGGUCCAGACCCACAUCAAGAUCACGCGCACACCACCAACAGGGCCUCGGUCAGGACUCGGACGAAGAAGCGACCACCAUCCAGAUGGACGAAUACGAGCUCGACACGCAUCCUCACAAGCGGUACGCUCAAGGUCUCGAUGAGGAAGAUGACGACCACGAGCAGGGCGAGGAUGCCCUCAUGCUCGGCCCUGCCACCGCCGCAGACGAAGAGGCAUACGAGAUGGACCGUCAAAAGUCAAGGCAGCGCGCCAGAAACGGUCGCAGGCACGUCUCCACCGGAUCCAUAUCGGACAAGUAUGAUCCCGACGAUCCCAUGCACCUCGUCAGCAAGGCAGUGCCAGAAUACGACGAUCCUACCCUCCCCGCUCUUACCUGGAGGGCGCUUCUCAUUGGCUCGUUCUUCUGCGUCAUCGGCGCCGCCAUCGCACAGCUCUUCUUCUACAAAUCCAACUCGCCCUCGUUCAGCAGCUACUUUGUCAUCCUGAUCUCGCUCCCAAUGGGAAGAUGGCUCGCCAAUCGGCUGCCGGAGCGCACCGUUCGCAUCGGCAAGUGGUCCGCACAGCUCAACCCUGGGCCCUUCAGCAUCAAAGAACACCUGCUCGUCGCCAUCAUCGCAUCCUCCGGCGCCACUUCUGCAUACGCCAGCGACAUCAUCAACAUCCAGGAGCUCUUCUACCACCAGCACAUGAACUGGCUCUCCUCUCUCACCUUGCUCAUCACGACUCAGGUGCUCGGCUUCGGCUUCGCGGGCAUCGUUAACAACCUCCUCGUCAAACCAACCUCGAUGAUUUGGCCCAGCACCCUCGUGACUACCUCGCUCUUCCACACGCUGCACGACAAAGAGGCGCCCAACACCCGUGCCCGCUUGCGACUGUUUGCGUUCGCAUUCGUCGGAAUCUUCAUGUACCAGUUCCUCCCGGCCUUGCUCGCACCCACCCUCUCAAGCGUCGCUAUGCUGUGCUUGGUCGACAACAAGGUGCCCGCCUUCCGCUCGCUGAGCUCUGGCUACCACGGCCUCGGCUUCCUCAAUCUCACCUUCGACUGGAACGCUGCAGGAAUGAGCGGGCCUUUCUACCAGCCGUGGUGGGCGGCUCUCAACUUUUAUGCUGGAUUUGCAGGCAUGAUGUACAUCGUCAUGCCCGUCCUCUACUGGGGUUUCAACUUUUGGGACGCACAGUCCUUCCCCGAGAUCCUCAGUGCGGGCCUGUACAACAAGGAGCACAAGAAGUUCUCGGUCGACAACCUGCUCAACAAGGACAAUACCUUGAAUGCAUCGGCCUGGUCCGAACAGAAGCCCAUGCUCCUCACGCCGUACUUUGCGCUGUCAUACGGCCUCGGAUUUGCCACCCUGACGAGCACCGUGACGCAUGUGCUUCUGUGGCACUGGAAAGACAUCAAGAAGGCGGCCACCAACGCCGUGCACGACGACGUGCACAAUCGGCUCAUGCGCGCAUACGAGCCGGUGCCGCGCAAGUGGUAUGCCACCACUCUGGCUCUGUCGACGUUUGCAUCCGUGAUGCUCGUCGUGCUCACGCCGUCGUUGCAGCUGCCCGUGUGGGCGCUUCUGCUGGCUAUCUUUAUGGGUCUGCUGUUCAUCGCGCCGCUCGGUAUCCUUCGAGCCGUUUCGGACACGGGCGUCGGUCUCAACAUCAUUUCCGAAUUCGUGAUUGGCUACAUCAUGCCCGGCAAUCCCAUCGGCAACAUCCUGUUCAAGACCAUGGCCUACAUGUCGCUCAACCAGGCACUCGAUCUGGUCAACGAUCUCAAGCUCGGACACUACAUCAAGAUCCCGCCCAGGCACAUGUUUGUUGCGCAGCUCUGGGGCACCAUGAUUGGAUGCGUUGUCAAUCUCAUCGUGGUCAAUGUGGUGCUCGAUCCUGCGUCUGGCUACCGCGCUUUCCUCGACGGUACAGUCGAAGACCCCUCGGGCCAGUGGGACGGCAGGAAGGUGCACAUCUUCUUCUCAGCGUCGGUCAUCUGGGGUCUCGUGGGUCCCGCCGAGUUCUUCUCGGGCGCAUACCGCAAGCUCUACCUCGGCUUCCUGAUUGGCGCCAUCCUUCCUUUCAUCCCGUACGUGCUACACAAGAAGUACCGCUACAAAUGGCUGCCCAAGGUGGCGUGGCCCAUCAUCCUGCAUUCGGCAGCACUGCCGCCCGCGGUGCCAACCAACGUGAUCAUGACCGGCUUCUUCUUCUCGUGGCUCUCGCAGAAGCAUCUGCGCGAGAAGCAUCCGGUUUGGUUCGAAAAGUUCAACUACGUCCUCUCGGCCGCCCUGGAUGCUGGCGCAAGCGUCAAUGCGCUCACCAUCUUCCUGCUCACUUUGACGCUGCUUAAGUAUGCUCCUGUGCCGCAUUGGGCGGCUAACCCUCUGCAGGACGCAGAGCACUGCAAGCCUAGCCCGUAG